AUGAGUAAUUAACUAUUUCUGCAUAACAAACUGCAUUCAUAAAAAGCUUCAGGCAAAGUGGGAAACGGAGAGUUUAAUGAAAACACAUCCUUUUCAGAGAUUAUAGCAGAAAGUGGAGAGAAUAGAUUUUUCAGCAACCCUAAUAAUAACAACAACAUUAAUAAUAAUAGAUUAGCAGGUUAAACAAAAGAUGAGACUAAUGUAGAAAGUUCCCAUAAUUUGAUGCAAAAACCCAAUUAAAUGUAAUAAGAUAUAAAGUUUCCACUUUAUAGCUUUUCAAAUAGCUAAUUGCCUGGUUUUGUGCAGCAUAAUCAAUAGCAGCAAUAAUCUUUACAGGUUAUACCCGGUUAAUAAAAUUAGACAUUUAGAAUUCACUACAAAUCUCUUUUAUCAGAAUCUUAAGAGUCAAUCUAAAAAGAAAAAGGGAGUUUAAAAGAUGAUCGCAGUAUUAAUUAGAAUUUAAACUAGCUUUAACCAUAUAUUGAUAAAUAGAAUUAGUUAACAAGAUCAUAGAAUUUAAUAAAAUAGCUUAAAUUGAAACCUGUUUAGUACGAAUUGUAUAAGAAUUUAAAAGAAAUGAAAGUUAAAAGCGAAAUUGCGUUUUUUAUUCUAGUAAGUGAAAAUUGUAUGAGUAUGGAAGAAACACUUUCUUUCUUUACAACAGAUGAAGAAAACCAGCAUUUGCACUUUUUUUUGCCUCGAAGCAACAUCAACGAUGAUAUCUGUGAAAUAUGCCUAAGUUCAAAAAGAAUGCAUGCAAAAAAUAGCUUAGAAAACAUCAAUACUGCUCUUUCAAUAAGACAAUAUAUUCGCGAACUCUCUUAACAAGAUUGCCUAGAAAAUGCAGAUAUAAAAGAAAUGCUUUCUUAGUCAGAAAAAGACGUAAACAUGAAUUUACUUAAUUAAUAGACCUUACAACUUAACACAUUUUAAGUUUAAAUGAGUCCGAGGUCUCCUUUAAGGAAAAGAACUAUGACUUGUUAGAUUUGCUAUAAUCAAGUAGACGAAAGUAGUAUGCUCUAUUUUAAUAACUAAAACCAUGAAAUAUGCAUUGAAUGUUUUAGAACUUAUUUAUCUGAAGAGAUUAUGAUAUCUAAAAUUGAAAACUUAAAAUGUCCUCAUUGCUCUUGUACACUAUCUGAGUAAACUAUCAUUGAUCAUACUACUGCAUCUCUCUACAAAAAGUAUAAAAUCUUUCUUAGAAACACUCUCAUCAACAAAGAUCCUUUAAAAAGAUUUUGCCCCACGCCAAAUUGUGAUCAAAUUAUCUCGCUAAAAGAUAAAGAUCAAAAAAAUGCAAAAUGUGAUUCUUGCAAAAUUGUUAUCUGCUGUUAAUGCAAUAGAAUAGAGCACCAAGGUAUAUCCUGUGAAGAUCUACUAGAAAAAGAAAUAGAAGACCUUACUGAUUCACGAGAUAUUUAAAGAUGCAACAAAUGCAAAUCACUAGUACAGAAAGUACAAGGUUGUAAUCAUAUGACUUGCUCGAUUUGUUAGUAUCAAUGGUGUUGGCUUUGUGGAAACACUUACACUAAAAUACAUAUGAUGCCUUUAAAUCCGUUUGGAUGUCCUUUCCUAUAAAGUGAAAGAUUUACAGUGAAAAAUAUGCAAAUGUGGAAAAUAUAUCUUCUCAGAUUCUUUACUCUAAUAGCUGUUAUAAUACUACUUCCUUUUGCUAUUAUUUUCAGUGGACCUAUUUUAGCUCUCUAUGGAUAUUUCGAAAUUAUGAAUAGGUAUAUGUAUAUCAAUAUGCACACUAAUUCUUUGUUCAAAAAAUUUAUUAUUUUACUUGGAGGUUUUUUAGCUUUCAUCCUAGGAUUUCUUUUAGAUCCUCUGAUAUUGAUUUCAAUAAUUCCAUUAGGGAUAUAUGUGCUGUGUAUUCAAAUCCAUGAAAAAAAUAGAAUUGAGGCUAUUUCAAAUCUUAGAUUAAGAGAACUUUAACAAAGAAAUGAAUCUAUUAAUAAUAUUUAAGUAAACACACACUCUAAUCAACCCUUAUAUGAAAACGAUCACUAAGUAGUUAUACUUCUAUGA